GUUAACCCUCUUGGACACGCUGGUGAGGCAGUACCUUUUGCCUGAAGAGCCACUGAGUUGGCUGAGGUUUGGAAGAUGGGGAAGAAGAGCAGAGUCAAAACGCAGAAGUCAGGUACAGGAGCCACAGCAACAGUUUCUCCAAAAGAAAUGUUGAAUCUAAUAAAUGAAUUAUUACAAAAAUGCAGCAGCCCAACCCCGGGUCCUGGAAAAGAGUGGGAAGAGUAUGUGCAGAUUCGAGCUUUUGUUGAGAAAAUUCGCAAAAAACAAAAAGGUUUGUCUGUUACCUUUGAUGGGAAAAGAGAAGACUAUUUUCCUGACCUAAUGAAGUGGGCCACUGAAAAUGGAGCUUCCACAGAGGGUUUUGAAAUAGCUAACUUUGAAGAAGAGGGAUUUGGUUUGAAAGCAACAAGAGAGAUAAAGGCAGAAGAACUGUUCCUUUGGGUUCCUAGGAAAUUGCUGAUGACAGUUGAAUCUGCCAAAAAUUCAGUGUUAGCAUCGUUGUAUUCUCAAGAUCGAAUUCUCCAAGCCAUGGGCAAUAUCACACUGGCAUUUCAUCUUCUGUGUGAGCGAGCCAGUCCUAAUUCUUUCUGGCUGCCAUACAUUCAAACUCUCCCUAGUGAAUAUAAUACUCCUCUGUAUUUUGAAGAAGAUGAAGUUCAGUAUCUUCAGUCAACUCAGGCCAUACAUGAUGUCUUCAGCCAAUAUAAAAACACAGCUCGACAAUAUGCCUAUUUCUACAAAGUCAUUCAAACCCAUCCUAAUGCCAGCAAACUGCCUUUAAAGGAUUCUUUCACUUAUGAUGACUACAGAUGGGCAGUUUCCUCUGUUAUGACACGACAAAAUCAGAUACCAACUGAAGAUGGUUCUCGAGUUACCCUGGCUCUGAUUCCUUUAUGGGACAUGUGUAAUCAUACCAAUGGUCUGAUCACUACUGGUUACAAUUUAGAAGACGACCGAUGUGAAUGUGUAGCACUUCAGGAUUUUAAAGCUGGAGAGCAGAUUUACAUUUUUUACGGCACUCGGUCAAAUGCAGAGUUUGUGAUCCACAGUGGUUUUUUCUUUGAUAAUAAUUCACAUGACAGAGUGAAAAUAAAGCUUGGAGUGAGUAAAAGUGACAGGCUGUAUGCUAUGAAGGCUGAGGUUUUAGCUCGUGCUGGCAUCCCAACUUCAAGCGUUUUUGCCUUGCACGCUACUGAGCCUCCAAUUUCUGCCCAGCUUUUGGCUUUCCUUCGAGUGUUUUGUAUGAGUGAAGAAGAGCUGAAAGAGCACUUGAUAGGAGAACAUGCAAUUGACAAAAUCUUCACUCUGGGCAACUCUGAAUUUCCAGUUAGCUGGGACAAUGAGGUUAAACUUUGGACAUUCCUUGAAGCUAGAGCAUCCCUUCUUUUGAAAACCUACAAAACCACUGUGGAGGAUGACAAGUCCUUCCUGGAGACCCAUGACCUUACUCCUCAUGCGACAAUGGCUAUCAAAUUGCGCUUGGGUGAAAAAGAGAUUUUGGAGAAAGCAGUAAAGAGUGCAGCUGCCAACAGAGAGUACUAUAACAAACAAAUGGCAGAUGGAAACCCCCUUCCAAAAUAUGAAGAGAGCAAUAUAGCCUUGCUAGAGAACACUGUGGCUGACUCUAGACUCCCAAUUGUCUUGAGAAACCUAGAGGAAGAAGCAGAGGAGCAAGGGAACUUAAAGAUUGGUGAAGCCAUUGAUGCAGAAGUCACAGAGAAUGGGUUUGUAAAUGGUGAAAACUCUCUACUUAAUGGGACCAAAUCAGAAAAUGAAAAUCUAAAUCAAGAAGAAAGUAACAGAGAGACUGAAGAUGCCAAAGAAUCUUCUUCAGACAGCACUGAUGAGGUUAAAGAAUAGAGAAAAUAUAAAGUUUGACUUUAUUGUGAAAUUAAAAUUAGCCGAAGUUUAUGAACAGUGCAUUUACAUUGGUGUGUUUCUUUGUUAACAUUUCUCUUUCUGCAGAGGAAAAAUGUUUUUGCUGCUUUAUAUAAGAAAAAAUGAUUUUUUUUUUAAGUUAUUUAAAAAAUUUAGCAUCCUUUUUCAAUUAAGAUUGCCAUCUUGCUUUCAGGAAAAAAACCUGGGGAAAGAGGUGCCUUUGGAAGAUUUUGCAGCCCUUUGUGGAACAAAUGUAUUUUCUUCCUGGGGAAGAAUUAAGCUCUUCUAUCUGCUGUGCUUUUGUUGUUCUGUCACUCUGACUACCGAAAUUAAAAGCUUGCUCUGCCUCCUGCCAAGAAAAGCAGAAGGCAGGACUGACUCGGUAUUCAGCAUGAAGGUGGGAGAGCAGUACAGCAGAAAACUGGAUAAGAGGAUCAGAAACUUAGGAGACUGGAAGAAAACCUGUUUAAAAUCAGGUGCACCAGUCCAAAAAAAGGUAAGGUGGCAACCUUAUUUUCAGUAGUUUUAAAUGUUGAUGAGAAUCCUAAACACAGACUUACAGUGAUUUCUAAGGAUUUCCGUUUCCUUUUUUAUGUUUUGUUUUUACUAUAUUAAGAACAUUUCAGCUUUCUUCCUUAAAUCAAAGUUAGGCUACUACAGUACAACAUCCACCUAAUUUUAAAGGCUGACUUUUUUUUUUCUUUUAAAGUGAUACCUUUUUAUUUACAACAAUGGAGGUGGAAAUGGAGAAGUUGAAAGCAGAUAGGCCAAGCCACAGUUUUAAUCUGUGUUGUUCAGUAGGGUCAGGUCUCAGCUUCUUCAGGUUUUCACAGUUAGCUGGAGAUUUUCAAAGCUAAUUUUUUUGACUGAACCAUUAUUAAAGGUAAAUAUGAUUUAAUAUUCCUGUCUGCUAUUCUUUCAUUUUAUGUAGUUGGAUACAAUGCUGAAUGUGAAAGCAGUUAGCUUAUCUUAUUUUAAACUUCAUCUUUUGGUUGAAAUAUAUUUGCUACUGUUUACCUAAAGGAAGAAGAGUGAGCAAUACUGUUUUUUUGGUCUGGGGCAGACUAAAACCAAGUUUGCUGCAUGUGUUCCCACUUAUAUUGUGUAGCAGUCUGAGGCACAUAUCUUGGCUUACCAAUACAGUGCCAAUCAAGUCUGUUACCCAGCAGUGUUGGUUGUCCCUCUCCUCCAUAUAGUAAAUUCUGUGUAAAAAUUAUUCCAGCAUUAUAGUGCAAUACCAAAAUGAUGGUAGUUUCAAGGCUUGGCUUUGAAAUGGCCUAAUUUAAUACACAGCUUAAUUCUUUUGCUCAGUUUUUAAGAACUUUCCCACUUAACAAAACUAUCUUUAAAAGUUCUAAGGAAUGGAAAGACUGGGCAAAGUAUGGAUAACUGUUUAAACGUAAAUAUAGCAACUUACUCAUCUAGGACUGGUGGCAGUAAAAUGCCAGUGGACAUAUUUAUUGUCUUUUAUUUAUUAGAUUUUUGCUUCUUUUACAACUUGGAAAAUGUGCUUUUGCAUAAAUCUUUGGUGCAAUACACAUGACAAGUAGUGACUUCCAUAUUGCCAUAGCAACUUCGGUGUUCAACUACGAAUAAAAAAAAAAGUUAAAUAGCUUUUUCUAAAUAUUUCACUGAGAAUGGUGUUUGGCCAUUACACAUGGGAUAUUGUUUUCCCAUUAACUAGAGGCUGGACCAAUAUUUUUGUAACUAUAUGCUGCCUGUAGGUAGAAUAGUAUGUAUUUUCAUCCUGACAGUUUAAAUGUCAUGUAAGUCACCACUCUUCAGGUUAUUUUUUAUUAGAAACAGUAUUCAUCCACUUCUGCUUCUGCCAGUUGCAUUGCACAUAUAUCAAAGAAAAGUGAGAUAACACCCAACAACAACUUGUGUUACCUGAGCAUUAUAACUGUAAUCCAAAAUUUAAAUGAUUUGGUUUGAUACACUGUAUUCUGUUUCAAUGUUUGCUGUUAUCUAUGGCUUAGCAAACUCUGGUAACCACAGGAUAGAUCGUGUGGGUUUUCUUGAAUAAACUUAGUUCUACAAUGUCUUCAGUGGUAAGUGUAUUAUACAAACAAAAUCCAGCAUUUGGCAUUGACAUGGUGUUUGUGUUAAAGGAGGAGAAAAGAACUAUAGCUGGUGCUCAGUACAAUACUAAACAGAGGGCACACCAUAAACGCAAGUAAUCAUAAUAAGCGGAAGAAAGCACUGAUAUACUGUAUGAUUUCAAACUCCUAUUUCUGGUGCGUAUUGGUGUUACCUAGAGAAGGAAAACGCCAUGCUGAGUACAAUAAAAGUGCAAAGUAGUCUAAUCUUGCAGCUUACAUUCCUACUCAGCAAAAUGAAUUGAUUCCUUUAGAAACACUAAUUGAAAACUUCCUUAAGCCUUUGAAAAUCGGGGAAAGGGGAAUGAUAAAAUUGGCACUGACAAGCCCUCAUUGCCAUCUGUCAUGAAAACAGACCUAUCAAAGCAUUUUAAAGUUAACUUUCUUCUUAAUGUUUGGGUAAGAGGCUGUUCACACUAUUCCCAGGCUAAAUGCCAAAUGUUGCUUCUAUUUAGUUAGUAAGAAGCAGUAAGAUUUCUCGGACUGUUCUCCAAAAACAAAAUAAAAUAAAAUAAUAAACAAAAUGUUUGAAUUCUGCAUGUAACCUAGCUACUGAUGGGUCGUUUCCCUAACAACCUGUGCUUUUUGGCUUUGUACAGCAUAACCAUGUCCUUAUAGCAGAACUGAUGAGACUUUAAGAGCUAAAAUUAUAAGGUAGAGCAGCAGCUUCUGAAUUUUAUUGGUUCUCAUACCACCUUUUUAAAAAUGAUUGCAAAAUGAAUGGAUAGAACAUCAAGGAUGCAUGCCACACAUGCAUAACACAGUUUGGGACUCCUUGGGCCAGCGUAAGGUAAGGGCACUUGUUCAAGUUACCAUGAGGUGUGAAUUUACAGCCCGUCAGCUUCUCCUGCAUGUGUGUUCUUUCCUAGCGGGAAAUUGUGAGGUAACUCGCUCCACUUUCAUUGAGGUCAGAUUACCUGACAUAACACAGUGAAAGCAUGCACAGGGGCAGGUACUGUGGAAUAACUGAGGCACUGUAAGUUCACCCUUUAGCUUACCUUGUGACAACUUGUGUACCCAUACUCCUAAGAAUGCAAGUUUACUUUUAGGAACUGGCCUAAAAUUAGGUAUUUCUCUCUAGACAUUUUAAAAUUGGCCCUCAACUAGACAAUAGAAAGAACUUCAAACAGACACUGCAUGUUGUACUGUGAAGUGUGUUAAGACACAUUAGUAAGUUUGUUGCACGUGAUACUUUAGAUCUUCUGAUUUGUGUAUUAAAAGGAACAUUCUUCUGCUUUUGCUAGUUGCACAUCUUGCCUGGGAGGUGGCAGAAUUCUGAAACAAUUAACAUUUCCUAAAUGUCUCAGUUGUAAUCCAAAAUGUAAAUGAUUUGGUUCAAUCUGAUGCAUUACAUUUUAUUACAGUAUAAACUGCUUUUUUUUCUGGAGAGAGAUGGGAAGUUCAGCCAAUUUUCAGUAUCCAGUCAUCCCAUUUUUUCUCAUGGAUUACCUGUGCCAAAUAAAAAUGUUAAAAAUAAAAGGACGUCCAACAAAAUA